AUGACCGCCCAACCUGAGCCGAGCAAGCAGAGCACCCGCUCCGGGACACACACGUCCCUUAUGACAAUAUUUGACUGGACCUGCGCUGGUCUCAGGGCAGCACUGCAAAACCGAGGAGCAACUCACUGCCAAGCUGAACGGACAGUGUCCUCAUGGAUGCGACCAGCAGCGCAACGCAGGCACUACAUGCAGGUACCCCAAGCAUCCAGGAUGGCCGUCAGGCAAAAUAGAUACCGGAGGGCCUCGAGGCGGGGCCCGGCGCCAGGCCUCUCGGACACACGCAAAGCCGAGAUCUCAAAUCCAGCGAUGCACGCCACUAAAGCACCUGAUCUUAAUCUCGGCUACCAGCACAACAUCAAGCGCCACUCCCCAACCAACACUGCAAUACAAGCGACCAAGAAACUGCACACCACGGAGCGACAUCCUGGAGCUGACCCCUGA